AAUCCAAACAAUGCGUUGUCUAAUUGGGUGAAGGGUUGAGGGAAAUCUGUCUGAUUAGCCUUCUCCAACAGACGGGGAUUAAGCUUUUGGUCUGUAAUUAUUAUAAAGCAUACGUCAGCAGACAUCCACCCAUUUCAGUGGAGCAGAGGGAUCCUGCGAGGUGACUGUGCUCUCUCUCAGGCCAAGUCAGACGCGAGGACCCAAGAAUAGGAGCAGUACUGGAGCAGGAACAGGAAUAUCCUCCUGAGUCAGUGCCACGACGCUGACAAACCACGCUCCCCGGCAGAGCUGCCUCUGCUCCGAUAAUCAGCAUCCUAUGCUAUUCUGCUCAAGAUGGCGGUGCAGGCAGCGGAGAAGGACGGAGUAGUGUUGAAGAAUGUGGAAGAAGACCACCUGAAUGACUCGCUGGGGAACCCCGGCCUCAUCUCACCUGACAAGGAGGAUUUAUCACGCCUCCUGACGGUGCCAUUCAGCGGGCGCAUCCGGGGGGGCAUGCGGCCGGGGAAGAAGAUAAUAGUGAUGGGCAUCGUGGACCUGGAGCCAGACAGCUUUGAUGUCAGCCUGACCUGCGGACGUGAUUCAGAGAAAGGGGAGCCUCCAUUUGAUGUGGCCCUGAAACUCACGGCUCGUUUCACUGACCGUCAGUUCCUUCGCAGCGCUCGGGUUUCUGGGAAAUGGACAGAGGAGGAGGCGUCCACUGUGUAUUUUCCCUUCAUCCCUGAUCAGCCUUUUAGGAUUGAGAUCCACUGCGAGCACCAGAGGUUCCGGAUAUUCGUGGAUGGACACCAGCUCUUUGACUUUUAUCACAAAGUAAAAUCUUUGCCCUCUAUCGACACAGUACGAAUACAAGGAGACCUACAGAUUACCAAGCUCGGUUAACUUGCCCUCUGACCAAUUCCCGCUCUGCAAGUCGUGUGUGAAGCAAGGACUUGAUCACACAUGACCACACACACACGUGCGCCUGUUACAUCAUCAUCCAUAGCCCAUCGUACAGCACUGCAUCAGCAUAGUAACUGGAUCAAAGUUUUUCUGCUUUGCUGUUUCUUCUUCUUCCUCUUCUUUAUGUUGAACCAGGAUCUGAUGUGAUGGUGCUUUGUGGGUGAAUGUGUUUGAUCCAUUUUUCAGGUAUUUUUCCCUUGUAGCCCCAGUUUUUAGAUCAGCGAACUUGUAGCUUAUUUAUAGGACAUUCCACUUUUAUGUCGAAUCCUUUAGGGAAUUUGAGAUGGAGGCAGGUGUGGAGGUUUGAAGAAACCAGUUAAGAUAAAAAUAUCUGACAAUUAGCAGCUAAAGUGAAAGUUAAGUGUUGCUCAUGGAUAGAACAAAAUCAAAAACUUAAACUCAAUUCAACUCACUUUGUUUAAACAUACAAGCGUCCUCUUAAAUCUUUUGCUGACCAAGCAACGUGAACAAAUGUGCAGUAAAACUCAGACAGACCAGAGCAGUGUUCCCAAAUCAGGCGGAUACAUGAUGUUAUGCGAGAUGCAACUGGUUUCAAUUCAAAUAUACCUGGACAUAUAUGUAUAUUUGAUAUGCUUUAGUUAGAUUGAGCUCAGCACCUCUG